GCUGCCGGCAGCUGCUGGCAGGACCCACUGGCAGUGGCGGGCACGGCGGGCCGGCCGGUGUGCGGGGCGCGGCGGCGGGCGCUGAGCGUGGUGUGCGUGCUGGGCCGCGAGCCGGCCGCCUGCCCCGCGCUGCGCUGCCUGCGCGACGCCUGCCGCGAGCUGCGGGCCCGCCUGCACACGCUGCCCUUCGGCACCCUGGCGCUGGGCGACACCGGCACGCUGGACCGCUUCUACAACGCCGACGUGGCCGUGGUGGAGCUGAGCGACGCCGUCUGCCAGCCCUCGCUCUUCUACCACCUGGGUGUGCGGGAGAGCUUCAACAUGCCCCACAACGUGCUGCUGUGCUGCCACAGCGCCCUGCCCGGCCUCCAGGCCCUGCAGGAGGACAUCUGCCAGAAGAACUCGGACCUCUGUGGCACCUACACCUUCAUCCCCUACGCCGUGACCGCCCAGAACAAGGUCGUCUGCUGCGACGCCGGGGCCAUGAAGUGCCUGACCGAGCUCUUCCAGCCCAGCUUCGGCACCGAGCCCUUCUUCACCCCGCUGGCGGCGCGGCUCGUCAGGCUGCUGGAGGGGGUCCCCACCAACUCCUGUGGCUAUUUUCGGGAGACGAUCCGGCGCGACAUCCGCCGGGCGCGGGAGAUGUUCCGGGGCGAGCAGCUGAGCCGGGAGCUGGCCCGCAUCCAGCAGCGCCUGGACAGCGUGGAGCUGCUCAGCCUGGACAUCAUCGUCAACCUCCUCCUCUCCUACCGCGACGUGCAGGAUUACGACUCCAUCAUCUCGCUGGUGGAGACCCUGCGGGCCCUGCCGACCUGCGACGUGGCCGAGCAGCCCAACGUCCGCUUCCACUACGCCUUCGCCCUCAGCCGGCGUAACCGUGCCGGGGACCGGGCGCAGGCUCUCUCGGUGCUGCUGCCCGCGGUGGAGCGCGGGGACGGGGCUGCGCCCGACCUCCUCUGCUUGUGUGGCCGCAUCUACAAGGACAUGUUCAUCAGCUCCAGCUUCACCGACACCAGGGCGAGGGACCGAGCCUUAUACUGGUACAGCAAAGCCUUCGAGGUGGAGCCCAGCCUCCACGCGGGCAUCAACGCCGCCGUCCUCCUCGUGGCCGCCGGGCACCAGUUCGAAAGCUCCGUGCGGCUCCAGCAGAUCGGCGUGAAGCUGAGCUGCCUGCAGGGCCGCAAGGGCAGCCUGGAGGAGCUGCGGCACUACUGGGACGUGGGCUUCUGCCUGGGGACCGGCAUCUUGGCCAACGACCUGAGCAAAGUCAUCCAGGCCUCCGAGAAGCUCUACAAGCUCAACGCGCCCAGCUGGUACCUGGUGUCCGUCAUGGAGACCUUCCUGCUCUACAAACACUUCCAGAAGAGCCCGCCGGUGCCGUCGGCCCGGCAGGAGCUGGCUGAUUUCUGGCUGGCCUUCCUCCUCGCCGCGUGCCAGCCCUUCGUCCCCGCGCCGCACUGCCCGGUCCUGGUCCUGGAGCUCGGCAAGGUGCUGUGGCCGGCCCGGCUGGCGGUGCGCAGCGCAACGGAGGAGUACGCCGUGACGCUCGCCCUCGUGCGCCCCACGGAGGAGAAAGCGGUGUCCAGCUGGAACUUCAUGGCUGCAGCCAUCCGGGGGGUGAGCAUCUGCAAGUGCGACGAGCGGGGUUGCUUCCUCUACGUGGUGCACACCGAGGAGGAUUUCCAGCUCUAUUUCCCCUCCCAGCAGCACUGCCGGUGGUUCUGCGACCGGGUCCAAUCCUUCCUCGCCGAGCAGGCGGCGGGCGGUGAGGAGCUGCCCAGCCCCACGCAGCCCAUCCUGGAGUACAGCUACGAGUACUCAGAGACGGGUGAGCGGGUGGUCCUGGGCAGGGGCACCUACGGCGUCGUCUACGCCGGGCGCUGCCUCAGCACCCAAGUGCGCAUCGCCAUCAAGGAGAUCCCCGAGCGGGACAGCCGGUUCUCGCAGCCCUUGCACGAGGAGAUCGCCUUGCACAAGCGCCUGCGGCACAGGAACAUCGUGCGCUACCUGGGCUCCGUCAGCCAGGACGGCUUCAUCAAGAUCUUCAUGGAGGAAGUGCCCGGAGGGAGCCUCUCGUCCCUCCUGUGCUCCAAGUGGGGCCCCCUGAAGGACAAUGAGCCCACCAUCGUCUUCUACACCCGCCAGAUCCUCGACGGGCUCGGCUACCUCCACGACAACCACAUUGUGCACCGAGACAUCAAGGGAGACAACGUCCUCAUCAACACGUACAGCGGGGUGCUGAAGAUCUCCGACUUCGGCACCUCCAAGAGGCUGGCGGGCAUCAGCCCCAGCGCUGAGACCUUCACGGGCACCCUGCAGUACAUGGCCCCCGAAAUCAUCGACCAGGGGCCGUGGGGCUACGGGAAGCCGGCGGAUAUCUGGUCCCUGGGCUGCACCAUCAUCGAGAUGGCCACGGGCAAGCCCCCCUUCUAUGAGCUGGGCAGCCCCCAGGCGGCGAUGUUCAAGCCUCUCCUCCAGGUGGGCAUGUUCAAGAUGCACCCGGAGGUGCCCGAGUCCAUGUCGGACAAGGCCAAGAGUUUCAUCCUUCGCUGCUUCGAGGCCGACCCGGCCAAGCGGGCCACGGCGGCCGCGUUGCUGCAGGACCCGUUCCUGGCCAGCGCCAGGCGUGCCCGGGGCCAGGCGGUGCCUGCAGCAGGGGAUUCCCCCCGCCUGGAGCGCCGGGAUGGGGACAUGGAGGGCACCGAUGGCACCAGGGGACGGUCCUCGGCCAGGCAGGGGGGCACAGUGGGGGGCACGGGGGACAGCCCCCUGCUCCCACACUGCCCCAGUGAGGCAGCCCCCAGCUACAGCAAUCCCCAGGGCUCGGCCGGCUCCGACCGCAGCCUGCGCUCGUCCUCGCCGGAGGAGAGUGGCGACCGCUUCGUGCUGCGGCAGGACAGCAAGCGCCGCGCCACGCUGCACCGCAUCCUCACCGACGAGGCGCCCGGCAUCGCGGCCGCCUUGCAGGAGAGCCAGAGCGCGUCGGGCACGCGGCUGGGCUCGGAGCACAUCACCCUGCUGCUGGGCUGCCUGCGGAGCUACAUCCAGUGCCCCGCACGGCACCAGCUGCGCCACGACCUCCUGGAGCUGCAGGCACGGCUGCGGGCGGACGGGCUCAGCCUGCCCCACCUGCGGGCUCCGCUCCUCAACUUCCAGGCGGUGGUGAGACAGGCGCUGCGCCGGCACCACGUCAAACCCCACUGGAUGUUUGCGCUGGACGACGCCAUCAGCCAGGCGGUGCAGGCGGCUCUCACCAUGCUCGUGAGAGACCUGGGAAUGACGGCCAGCUCGCUGAAGGAGGCUGGUGCCAAGGACACAGGUGACAAGGACGACCCCACGCCACCCAGGCUCUCCGUCCCCAGCAGCCAGACCCCAUGGGACAGCACCAAUUCGGGGCUCGGCCCCAGCCCCGGGGAGGGGGGCUCAGCACUGGUGGCACAGCUCUGCCGCCUCCGCACGGAGACGGACAGGUUGCUCCGGGAGCUGGCCGAGAAGGAGCAGGAAUGGCAGCAGCUGGUGCAGCGGGCACUUCGCUCCGGGGUCGGGGACGCCACGGUCCCCAGCCACCCCCAGCACCGUGGUGAGCACAGCGAGGCCACCACGGGGCAGGGUCCCUUGUCCCCGUCCCCUGAGCCCAUCCCCUGGAGCAGGGCCGACCCCCUCCUCCUCGAGUGGCUGCAGCAGCACGGCACGGACCCCGCCACCACGGCCACGCUCCUGUCCCACGGCUUCACCCUGCGGGACCUGCUGGGCAGCGCCACCCGCGACGACCUCUUCUACACGGGCAUCAGGCGUGGGCCGGCGUACCGCCUGUGGGCAGCCGUCCUGGAGCAGCGCCGCGCGCUUGGCAAGGGGGAAGAGGAGCAAUCCUUGGCCCCAGGGACGUGAGGUGGCUUUGGGGACACAGCCGCCACCUCACCGCCUCCUGUGCCACCACGGGGACCGGCAGGAAGGACGACAGCGGGGACAUCCAGCACCGUACAGGAUGGAGAAGUCAGGCUGCAGCGCUCGGAGCAAUAAACACCCACCAGCCGU